ACGAAGCAAGACAAAAGACAUGGUUACCAAUAAGAAGAAAAGACCGCACUGGUUCAUUCGGAGUUUGGGUCCAACCUUCACCUCCUGUAUGCUGCUGGGACUGAGUGCCUUGUACUUCACCUUCCCGUGUGUCUGGUUGACAAUGAACGUCUCUGUGGCUUUUCCAAUAUGCUCCGCAGUCCUGUUUGCCGUCUCUUUCAUUAAUUUCCUCUUGACGAGCUUCAUGGACCCUGGGAUUCUCCAUCAAGGCACCCCGUUCCCAGGUCCCCUGGAGGUGAAUGAGCUGAUAGUGAACGGGCAGGAGUGUGACGUGAGGUGGUGUGUGAAGUGUGAGUUCUACAGGCCCCCUCGGAGCCAGCACUGUCGCCGUUGUGACAUGUGUGUGGAGGAAUUUGAUCACCACUGUGCUUGGAUGAACAACUGUGUGGGUCGGCGAAAUUAUCGCUUUUUCUUCUUUUUCGUGGUGUUUCUCAUCCUGUACAAGCUAGUGGUGCUGGGAUCCUCUACCACCUACCUGGGGCUGACCUGGUCCCAGCCCUUCACCCUCCAGAAGAUUUGCACUAUCAUCCUGAUUGUACCCACCCUGCUUUUCUUGAUUCAGGUUCUGCCUUUGCUUGGGUUUCACAUCAAGUUUAUCACUGAGGCUGCACGCACCUACGAUGGGGACUUUUUUGAUUAUGAGGAAGGGAACCCAUUUGAUGAGGGCUGCAAGAGGAACUGGCUUUUUACAUUCUGUACCCCAGUGGGACCAAGGUAA